CUCUUCUUCAAUCUUAUAUAUUCAAUAUUCAAUCCAAACUUUAAUUUCCAAUCCUUAUAACUCCUCCAUAACAAUGUCUACCAAUCAAUACCACAGAAAAAAACUUGAUCUUGAGAUUCAAGUCAAUGAAUUACAAGCUGUUCUUGAUAGAGAACAAAGAUUGAAUAGGUUCUUGAGAUUUGCAAUACAUGAACCUCUGGUUGUUUCUCAUUCAUCUUGUCAUUCAUGUCUUUCUUCUGUAAUUCCAGCUCAGUUGCAGGUGCUCCUUGCUGAAUUAGCCAUUGUUGAAGAAGAGAUCAUUUGCUUGGAAAGAAGAGUUGAAGAUUUGAAGCUUUGUUUGUUUCAAGAGAGAAAACAGCAGAAAAACUAUUUCUGUUGUUUGGGAAAAACUUCACAAGAUCUUGUGACAAUUCCGAGUCAACAAGUCGAAGAGAAGUCAAUCGAUACACCGAACAAAAUGUCCGAAGAACUCAUCAAGAGCUUGAUCAGCAUUUUCCACAAGCUCCACCGACCGGGAAACCAACUCGACUGUGAGAUAUCAUCUGUUCCCAGGCUCACUAUCUCCUGCAUAAACUCAAGAAGCUUCAUGCCCUGCAAAUCUGAUCCAAUGCAAGUGUUAGACAUUGAUGGAACGACGAGAAACAUCGGAUUUUACAAGAACUGCAUUCAACUAACUAGAAAUUCUUUCGAUCCGAAUCGUAUUUACUUGUGUGUUGCAGACAUUGCAAGAGUACAGAUUUUGAUUGAUAAACUUCAAGACAUUGAAUUGAAUGUUUCGACUUACAAGCAAAAGCUAGCAUUCUGGAUCAACAUCUACAAUGCAAGCAUAAUGCAUGCAUUUCUGCAACACGGAUUACCUCAGACUUCAGAAAAACUGCUGACAUUGCUGAACAAGGCUGCGGUGAAUGUAGGAGGAAUAGUACUGAAUGCUUUGGCGAUUGAGCAUUUCAUUCUCAGGAAUUCCUCCAUGAAUGGAAAAGACGCAAAAUCAUGGAGAAAAUACGGUCUCGGGUACCCUGAACCGAAUGUCACAUUUGCUCUAUGCAGAGGGAAUUGGUCUUCACCUGCGUUGAGAGUGUAUACUGGUGAGGAUGUGGUGAAUGAAUUGGAAAGAGCCAAAGUGGAGUACUUAGAAGCUUCAAUUUGUAUCACAAACAAGAAGAAGAUCUUCAUGCCGAAGCUCUUGCAUUGGCAUAUGAAAGACUUUGCUGAUGAUGUUGUCUCUUUGUUAGAAUGGAUAUACAGUCAGCUACCAAGAUCUGCAUCACUGAAAUGUUCGGUAAUGGAGUGCCUCAAUGGAAAUACAAAGGCCUCAUUGAUAAAAUCAGUGGAAAUACAGCCUUACGACGCUGAAUUCCGCUAUUUGUUGCCCUGUUAACUGCCUCUAUUUCUAAGCAU